AAGACGGACUCUUUGGAACGUCGUCGUGGGACAGUUGGGUGUUCGACUUUUUUGUUGCAACUGCCAACCUGCCACCGUUCAAUCGUUUGGCCUUGGACAUGGACCAUCUGCGGUAUCUACAGUGUCGAACAAUUGAGCGACUGGAUAAGACACCUGUUUAGAAGCGUACGGGAAUCUUUUGCACCGUGGGGGUCAGCACCUGAACUCACCGCCAGCUCAUCUCAAUUACUAUGAGACGCCUGGUACCACUUUGGCAGGAUAGAGGGUUCCAUAGUCCAUGGAUUCCAGGCCUUGUGACAGAGCAUGUCUUAAGUUCAUGGAGCUGCUUGAAAUAUCUAUGCCGAUCUUGAAGGCCGCGCAUUGGCUAUCCGAAUGAACCCUGCGACCUGCAAUCGGUCCGUCGCGCACACGACUAUGGCCAUCAUGUGUUGUUCCAGAUGUCCAUUCCAUUCCGUAUGCCUCGCAUCAUUAGUGACGGGCACCUUGACGCAGGCAGCACGCAUGGGCCAGUGGCAGUAGGGGGUGACUACAGCCUUUGGAACGUUCUAAACGUUUUCAAGGGUCUGAAUAUAAGCUCUCUGCGCCCGGUCUUACCCACUUAUUACCUUUCAUAUGACGCUCCACCCACCUCCUCGUCGAACUCCCUGCGUGUGGGGAGAAUUGACUGCCUUUGGGGUGAUCAGCAUAUGGGCAGUUUUGUUUGCUCACAAGACUCUUCUUCAGGUCGGUUUUUCUCACGCCUCGUUCCCUCCCUCUCGCGUGUCGAUUUAAUUAAGGAGAUACUCCGAAAGUCUUGUACCCCUGAAAUCCUCAAGACUAUUCCGCUGCAGUUUUUCCAUUCGGGGCUCCGAAACUCUCACCCCGUCUCAGGUCCCUCCAUGCGGGUCUGGGCCUCUUUAUACCAAGCACACCCUCAACUGGAACCGCCUCGCGUUUGGGCCUCGGUGCCUGUAUCUUACGGCUACCGUCGAAGGCAAUGCUUGUGUGGUCAAUCGGUCAUGGAUUUGAGUUGCCGGCUCGCCUUUUCUCCGUUCAGGCUUCGGAGCCGACAGAUACCUCGGAGGCUCUUCAGGACCCUCAAGCGCACCCCAUUCCGGCGGCAUUUGUCUAUGGAUUUAUUCCUAGACAGGCCUGCCGUCCAUGGCUUGGUCCUGCGUUGUUGACGCGGCUUCGUGUACUGGCCAUACAAACACUUUAUCCACUUGACCUUAGAAGGCGUUUGGUCAUCUUUGUCGUCUUGGACGAGUCGUUUAUUCUCUGCAAGCUUCGAUUUCCAGGCUCACUUCUGGAAUAGUUGGCUGGCGCCUCAAUCCGGUCAUCUUCACAAGAGCAGGAACUUCAUCCGCUGUUCUUCUGGCAUGCCUCUGGCUCAGUAGCUCAGUUUACACUACCUGCCAGUUGGGACUGUACAUCAUCUCAUUUGGUGAUCAACCUGAUUUUCGGUUAUCGGUGGUAUAAUCGCUGGUAGACGGAUUGACGGUGUACAAGGCAAGUAUUUGGAACGGGAGGCGUCUGUCUGGUGUGCGCACUUCCUCCGAGUGCCGGUGCGAGCAAGUGUAUAUUGUGACUUGCUGUACUUAUCUGAUUACGAUGGAGACGCCAAUGUUGUUGAAAGUGCCAUGUCAAGGAGUGUGUGCCUCGCAACGGAGUGCAGGCCAGUGCACUAUAAAAGGAUGAUUGGGAAGAGAGCCAUGCUCGGUGAAAUAUUUGUCGUAGUUCUCAUGACGAGUGAAAGGGAUAUGGAGACAUGCAUUCGAGGGAACCUUCUUGUCUAAAGAGACCCUCGAGGAUCAUUACGUACGGGAGCAAUUGAAGCUAGCGGUCCUGAGAGCAGUCGUUGGAGAGACAGAGGCGGUACAUUUCUGUGGGAGGAUGGGCGUAGGUUGGAUAUUGGUCAUAGGAGAGCCUGAUAAGUGAAGCGGGGAUGGCCCUUUU